AACGUCACAUUCCGCCUCUUGCUCCCAGGAAAUGCUUCUGGUCCGCCGCCCCAUAGCUUCGCCAUGUCCACCGAAGUCUCCCAGUCUCUGGCUGCUGCAAUGGCCAGGCCGCAAAUCGGCAUCGACAGACUGCCCGCCCGCCGUGUCUCGACAGAGCCCCGCGAGGCCAUGAACUGCAAGAGUUGUCGAAAGCGAAAGAUCAAAUGCAACCGCACACGCCCAACUUGCGAGGCCUGUCAAGUCUUCAACUGCCCGUGUAUCUACGACGCCGUGCCCAAGAAGAGAGGCCCCAAGACCGACGUGCUCGAAGCCCUGCUGAAGCGUGUCGAUGGCCUGGAAAAGCGCCUGGUCUCCGAGGGAAAGAGCGAUGAUCUAGCCAACACGGCCUCGACCUCGACCUCGACCACCAAAACUGCCACCGCCGCCGCCGCCGCCAGCAACACCGCCACCGCUACUGCCACCAAAGAGAGCACGACCCCCGACUCCAAGUCCACAGACACGGCAGCCUCACAGCCGCCGCGCGACCACGCCCACGCCCACGCGCGCUCAAACUCGACGAGCCAUGGAUCGCAGCACCACCUGUCGCCCAUUGAGCCAAGUGUUCAAUCCCCGGCCUUGGCGCCGGAUCUACUCGUCGACACCUACUUUGCCAGAAUACACGGAAAGCCCUACUACAUCCUCGACGAGCCCACCACAAGACAGCGCCUGCAGGCCAAUCAGCUGCCCAGCCACUUAGCCUAUGCCAUUUACGCCGUGAGCGCCAGAUAUGCACCCCACUUCGGAGGAUACGGCUCUGCGGUGCGCAUCGGGCAAGAGUAUGCCCGCCGCGCCCGCCUGGAGCUCGAUGUUGAUGAGCCGUCCAUCGACGCCCUGCAGACGCUCAUGCUGCUUUCACAGGCAAGCUUCCAGCUUGGCAAGGGCAAGAAGGCUUUUAUGCUAUUGAACUCGGCCAUCAGUAUGGUCUUUGCGCUCGACCUUCACCGCGAACUGCCCGCCGGCAUCAAGGUCACACCUGCCGAGCGCGAGGGCCGACGCCGUCUCUUCUGGUCUUGCUACCUCAUGGAUCGCUUUGGUGCAGCUGGAUCCAAACGACCCUCUUUGAUCUCGGAUGAAUCCAUUGUUUUGCGCCUGCCCAGCUGGCAGCUACACCCGGGGGCCAUUUUGAUCGAAGGAGACUACUUUCCAAACGGAUGCAACCUGCAGUACAUGGGUGGUACUGGAAAAGGCGGCCAAGGAAGCAUGGGUAUGCUGAUUGGCAUAUCGCGAAUUCUCGGCAUAACCAAUCGCUACCUUGCGGCUGGCGGUGUCAAGGGAGACUCGCAUUUUCCUUGGCAUUCAUUAUCGAACCUAUCCAAGAUUCGCCAAGAACUCGACACAUGGGCCCUGGAGACGCAGGACACCUUCACAUCCAUCGAGGCUCUCUUUGGCCAGCCCGACAGCACCAUACUGGUCCUUAGCAAGCUGGUCUAUCACCUGAUACAUUGCCUCAUCUACCGGCCCUUUCUCCCCAUAGAUUUGGCAGAGCUGUCGGGGACGUCCCAGCAUCAGCCCUGGCAGAUUGAGGCCACCAACCUGUGUUUCCUCCACGCCAACGCAAUAGCCGAACUGGUCGAGAUUGGGAGAGCCUCGUCUAUCAUGGACUGGCCAGCAUUUGUCAGUUACUGUGUAUGCACCGCUGGCACCAUUCACGUGCAUGGUGCACAUUACCCUGGGCGCGAAGGCGAGGUAUUCUCCGUCAGUCCAGAAUUCCUAUCGCGUGAGAUGCAGCAGCUCUCCGAGCUUCGCUUCAUCUGGGCGGGCGCUCAACAUCAACGGGAUACGCUGCAAACAAUCUACGGAUGCCACACUGAGCUUGUCCAAUCGUUGGCUAGCAACCCAAUGCGAUACGCUCCAGUAUUCCAACUAGAAGACUUCUUCGACAGGUACCCAGGCCACAUUUUUGAUGGGUCACACAUUACGUUUAUGGACAUUGCGGUCGAGUCCAUCAACGAAGGCCUUGCGACAUUCAACAUUGAGCAACGCAACAACAUGUACAUGACGAGCGGUGUCAUUGGCAACCCUCAGGGCUACCCAAAGCAAACAGUGCCGUCGCAACCAACCACUUCAUCCACGAAACCGCUUGUCCAAUCACAACCUAUGCCUCCAACACCCAUCCUGGCCACGCAUUCGGCUACUGUACAUCGAUCUUCCGAGGCAGGAACUUCAGAGUCGCACCCAAGCCCUGGAGACACCAGAACCCUCGCUACCGACUCGAGCGUUCCUCCUUACACGCCACCGCUACCAAACACAUCGCUGAAUCCUCCCCACCCCAAUGGUGGUGGACUUGGUCUCCCUUUUUCGCCAAACUUCUCCUUUUCUCCCUUGCCGCAAUUUGCCAGCUUAGCGCCGUCACCGAUUGCUCGGCCAGCAAACCUCAACCACGGCCAGGAGCAUCAUGCGAUAAAUUUCGAUCCUGUACUCAGUGUGCCGCCACCCUACGACCAGCAGCCUACCCCUGGCGCUGGAAGCACGUCAGGUGCAUCGGCGCAUACGGAUCCCGACAGCAAGGAUCCAUUCUUAAGCCUGCUGGAACAGCUUGCAGAGAACGAGGUUAGCAGGGGCGGCCCGAGCGAGCUGGACUUCUUUCUGAGUGGUCAGAGCGGUUGA